GUCGGCUGUAUUCCUGGCGUGGCCACUUUGUACUGGCGCCUGACUAUGAAGGAAUCGGACCGUUUCCAGCGCUUAAACAACAACGAUUCGGCGCCAAAUGAAAAACUGCUUGUUUCACCAGAGGAUGCAAACGAAGCUGCGGAAAGUCCCUCAUUUGCAGAGCAGGGUAUUGGCCAAACCUUGUCUGCAUCUUUAGCCCUAGAGGAAGCUAGAAGACCGCGGCAGCUCAAGUCGUUUGGGCAGUACUUUGGUGAGUGGAAACACAUGAAGGUUCUUCUGGGCACAUCAAUCGCAUGGUUUGCUCUUGACGUUGCGUUCUACGGCAUCAACCUCAACAGCUCCAUUGUCAUUGGCGCCAUUGGGUUUGCCGGGAACAUAUCCACAGACAAACCGUCAAAGUUCAUUAUCCGGAAUUGUCUCGGCAACAUUAUCAUCAAUAUCUCGGAUCCAAUUGGACGGAAAAAAAUCCAGUUGAUUGGAUUUGGUGCACUCACUAUUCUCUACCUCAUCCUUGGAUUCGGAUACCACCAAAUCCUGGGCAAAUCAUCUGGAGCGUUCAUCUUUCUUUUUUCACUUGCGCAGCUGUUCCAAAACUUUGGCCCCAACGUCACUACUUUUGUCAUCCCCGGUGAAGUGUUUCCUACGAGGUUCCGCUCGACUGCUCAUGGAAUUGCUGCGGCUUCGGGUAAGCUUGGAGCUAUUGUCGCGCAGGGCGGGUUCUUGCAACUCACGGAUAUUGGCGGCAAAAACGCGUGGAUUAACCGGCUGCUGCAGAUCUUUGGGUUGUUCAUGAUGAUUGGAUUCGUUGUCACUUUCUGGAUUCCAGAGACUAAAGGCAAAACUCUCGAAGAAAUAUGCGACGAGAGCGAGGAAUAUAUUUAACCAUAUGUACUUAAUUACCUCUAUUUUUAUCACAAAUUUCAAAUAUUUUCUUUUGCUAUAAUUUCAAAGUGGGUUUUUUUCAGAUUGAUAUUUA